GCAUGCUUAUUAAAUUUUAUUACAAAUAGCAUCAAAAAGUGUAACAGGUGAAAGAAAAUAUUCUCAAUAUGUUAGCAAUAGAAUAAAGGUUUUUCAUGAUCUAUAGUUCUCGAAAACUGGCUAACAUCUAUCAUGUUGAAACCAAUGUUUUGUAUUUUACUUCUGUCUUGUAUCAUAAUUUCUGUUCUUGGGAACUGCUUCAUCAUUUGUGACGAACCAUGCCCAGAACUGCAUUGCCCAUUUCAUACAACUGCUUUGAGAUAUGGUUGCUCCUGCUGUCGUAGAUGCAUGUAAACCAGCGGUACAUUUUUUCAUACAAUAUGUCUAAGCUUCUCUUCUCUACGUUGCUUCUACUUUUCGUUGCUGGUUCGGUUUUAUGCUGCGAAACUCAAUGUGACAACAUUUCUUGCGAUGAUAUUUAUUGUCCAUCUUUCUUGACGCCUUUGGUGAUAGGAUGUAAUUGUUGUCCAACUUGUGUCAAUGUUAUAAAACCAGGACAUUAUUGCUUCAAUCCUCCAUUUCCUAUGCCUAUUGCACCUCCACCUUUUCCUGAAAAAUGCUAUGAUGGUUAUUACUGUGAUAAGUGGACUCAAACAUGCCAACGCAGUAAAGUAGCUUAAUAAUUUAAGAAAAAGAGUUAUUAAUAAAAUAUAUUGCAAUAUGGUA